AUGGCGUCGAUUCGAGUCCAUUCCUAUGAAUCGCUCGUUUCAUUUCUGGAAAAAGGAGUAGACGUAAGGUAUUUCUUUAACAUUUCAAGCUGUGUACAGCCCUCGUCGCCUCCACCGUUUAAAGACAUUCCAGUUGUAGGUGGGAAAAUCAGAUACUUCAGUGCUAGUGAAAAUUCGGGUGAUGAUCCGGGUACAACGGUGUUUAAUAACAUGGAAUACAUCGAUGAAAAUUAUAACGAGCCGAAUAAAGAAAUACAUACAUUUUGGAUUGUCAACGAUACAGCGAAGAUAUUUUGGGCGAAACCUGGCUUCUUUGUGAACAACACUGAUUUCAUUGGAGGAAUAUCUUGUGACUGGACUAAAGGACAGGGAAAUGUAUGGGUAAAAUUGCAUGCACAACAAGGAAAGUUGACAUCAUCUCAGGAGAUUCAGACUUCACUGACAUUUGGUGACGAAGUGGGUUGGGUUGUUAACCAAACUCAGUGUCAAUGCCCCGGGGGGUGUCAAAAUGGGAUCAUGGGUGACACAAUCAGAGGUUUCAAAAUUAUGAAAGACGGAUCUAUCAAUUUCUCUACCUCAAUGACAACAACAUUUCCGCUGGUCUGGAACUAUAUACGACUCAUAACGUUUGUUCAAGUUCAUGCAAAUAACACUGCAACAUUUGUAACAAGACAUUUGGAUGCACCAACAUGGGAACAGGAUGAUAUUGAUGUAAUGCACUGUCCAAUACAUUCGGAAUCGAAUGCAAAGGGAGCUAGAUUCUCUUUGUGA